GCGAGUUUACCAUUAGACAUGGAUGCUCGCGCUGUUGUCGUGUUGCUCUGUGCGUUAUUAUGGAGGAAAUCGACAGCGUCCCCCCUCCACCCCGUGGGACCGUGUCCGACAGGUGAUAUAACCGUCGCUCCUAACUUUACGUUUUCUCAGGUUGCUGGAGUUUGGUACAUCUCGGAGCGUACCACGUCCAUAUGGGGGGAGGCGACAUGGACCUCGCAGGUGUGGAAUUUCGUCCUUGGCCACGAUGGAACCACGGUGGUAGUGAUAACUGGGUAUAAGCCGGCCAAUUCUAGAUGUGCCGACCCUCUUGUGGCAUUGUUGGAGUCUACAAGCAUCCCAGGCAGCUUCCGCUACAUGAAGCAGGACACAGCAAUUCUCAAAGUUGUGACUGUGACCGACAAGGCAGCCAUUUUUUAUGUGUGCUUCAAGAUGGAGGAUGGUGGAACAUGUUCUGUGGAACAGCAAAUGGUUGUGUUUGCAUCAAGGGACUUGUCCAUGAGCAAAGUGGACAGACAAAGCCUGGUUGAACAUCUUAACGACCUGUGUAUCAGAGUAGAGGACCUCAACAGCACACAACAGGGCCUGUGCAAGAUUCCCCACACCAAUGCAAGUCUCGUGAGCAGCAGCGUGUUUGAUGGCACCACGCCCGUAUUCAGCAUCGCCCAGGGGAAGCAGCGUGUGUUGACCUUGACCUGUAGCAUCACCAGACCUCAACUUGUUACCAGGGUGUCCUGGAGCAAGGUCAGUGAGACUAGCAUGCGGCAGUUGACGGGAGGGACUCAGCGGUUCGUCAGUGACUCCCGGGUCUCCGUCAGCCAACCCUUCCUCAAGGACUGGAACCUGAGGAUCGCCAACUUCGGCGCCAUGGAGUCUGACGGUGGAGUCUAUGUCUGUAUGAAUGACAAACAAGCGAUACGCAAAUAUCUGGUCUCCAUCAUGGUGCCACCCCACAUCGAGGCAUCUCUGGAGACAGUGACAGUGGCGGCUGGGGACAGCGUGACUCUGGAGUGUGACGUUGCGGGGACACCAACACCAGCUGUGUCGUGGUACAUCCGGAAAAACAACACGCAUCAAAACAGACGUUGUGGGGAUGCCCGGGUUGAUCUCGUCUUCAUUCUGGAAACCUCGUCUGAGUUUGGCCUCUUCAACUUCAACCUUGCUCUUGACUUCGUCCGCUUCUACCUAGUCCACAGCGACAUCAAUGGCGGCAAUGUCCGGGUUGGCUUCAUGACCUUCAACGACAAGGCUCAUGUUGAGUUUCAGAUGAGUGACUAUCGCGACAAGAAGCAGCUGUAUCUGGCACUACUUAGACUCCAGCAUCGGGGUGGCACCGCCAAUGUCAGUGAGGCUAUACACGUAGCACGCACACAGAUGUUUCUGCCUCAUCAGGGCAACCGCAAACAUGUAGCUGACGCCAUCAUAUUGAUGACGGUGGGGAGAGUCAACGAUGAUGCCAGCCACAUCCUCUCCGAGGCCACUGCCGCCAAGAACAGUGGAAUCCACAUGUACGUCGUCCAGAGCAGUUUGGCCCACACUGCGGAGGUCGGAGCAAUUGCCAGCACACCUGUGGAGGAGAACCGGUUCUCUCUGGCUCAGUUCCAGGAACUCAAGGAACUCCGGAACUCCAUGUUCAAGUCGCACUGUCCAGGACCAUCCCCAGCUGGAGGUCACAGCCUCACUUUCAUGAACGUAUACUCGGCCAACAUCGGCCAAUACAUUUGUCAUGCUCACAACGACAUCCAACCAGAUGCAAGUCAAACAUUCUACCUCGACGUAAACUUUUCUCCAGAGGUCGGUGUCAAUGCUGAGGAGGUUAGGAAGGCCAUAGGUCAGUCCAUGACCUUUGAGUGUGAGGUCAAGGCCAAUCCAAGACCGACCAUCGAAUGGGAACACAUGGGGAGCUAUGUGAGAGACAACCAUCGUCACAGCGUCACACGCCGGAGCAUGGACGACAUCACCACUGUCUCGACACUCCAUGUAGAGCACAUUGAGAGUGACGACUUCGGUAGAUACUUCUGUGUCGCUGAGAACUCUGUGGGCACAAUGAAGGCAGCUGUGCAGCUUACUGAGAGGACACCAGACCAGUGUGCAGAGGCUCGAACUCAGGUUCAGUGGGAACUGAAUGUCUCUGGUGUCCUAGGAGAGUGGCAGAGGGUGAAGGCCAUACCCUACCUUUAUGGCAACAAUACAUACAUCUCCGAAACAGUGAAGUAUUUCCUCAAUACAGAUGGACAACUUUCUAGUGCCUACCAUGGAAAGCUGAAGAAUGCUGAUGCCUGUGCUGAUCCGGGGGUCAGUGUGGUGACAGAGGAAUAUCCAGGAAAAUAUUUUUCCACCAAUGGGAAAUUUAGAGAAUUGUUCCAGUUUGUUUUCACGGACUACACCAAUGCAGUGCUGUACAUGUGUCGCGAGGUGGAUGACGACGGCCAUUGCCAGAAGGAAAACCUGCACAUAGAAAUUAUCACAAGAACAUUUCCAAUACCCACAUCCAAGAUGGCCAAACUGGAGCAGAUCGUGUCCAAUCUUUGUGUUGAUGUUGAGGACAUGAUUGAGGCGACACCAGGUCUCUGUGCGUUCCCUGAGGGCUUCCUGGAGUCUGUGGGUGAUCCAGCCGAUGAUAUUGGGACCAGCCAUUGUGACCAAGCUCGCAGGCGAGUGCAGGAAGAAUUCAAUGUUUAUGAUUUUCUGGGCACCUGGCAUCGUGUGAAAACUACCCCGUAUUACUAUGGCGACCAGACCUACAGGUCUUGGACGAUGCAGUUCUUCAUCAAUGGAGGAGGAUCGCUGUCCAGUGCCUACAUUUCGCAGAACAACGAUGUGUGUUCUGAUCCAGGGGUCUUCCUACUAGAACAAGAAUCUCCGGGAAAAUAUAUCCACUCUUACCAGGAAUACAGAGAAUUGUUCCAGUUUGUUUUCACGGACUACACCAAUGCAGUGUUGUACAUGUGUCGUGAGGUGGAUGACAGCGGCCAUUGCCAGAAGGAAAACCUGCACAUAGAAAUUAUCACAAAGCAGUAUCCGAUACCCACAUCCAAGAUGGCCGAAUUGGAGCAGAUCGUGUCCAAUCUUUGUGUUGAUGUUGAGGACAUGAUUGAGGCUACACCAGGUCGCUGUGAGUUCCCGGAGGGCUACCUCAAGUCAGUGGGAUAUCACACUAAUGGUGUAAACCAGGGCUACCUGUGCCAGGUGGAGCAGACAAGGGUUCAGGCCAACUUUAAUGCCAGCCAGUUUGUCGGUGAAUGGCAAGUCAUGAAGACGACCACAUUCCGUGGCGACAGGGAGACCUUCAUGUCGGAAACUAUCAACUACUUCCUCAGUACUACUGGCCAUCUUGUGUUGGCCUUCAGUGGGAUGAAUCCAGGGUCCGAAAUCUGCUUACCUCCGAACAACUUGAAGCUGACCGAGGCCCAGCCUGGCCGAUACACUGCCCACAUCCAGGACAAUGUCGCCAGCAUCCAGAUCGUGUACACUGACUACGACUACGCUGUCACCCUUUCCUGCAGCAAUGUGUCUGACAACGGUCAGUGUCAACACCAGCACAUGAGUGUCCAGAUUAUCGCCCGGCAGAACCCUGUCCCAGACAACAUCAUGCAUAACCUGGAGAGAUAUGCAGAUGCUCUGUGCAUCAACGUGGACGAUAUGAGGGUUAAUGUACCAGAUCUGUGUGAGAUACCUGUCACCUAUCUGGUUACUGCUGGCUAUCACAGUGCAGAGUUUUGUAUGCUGGAGAAGAUGCCAAUACAAAAGAACUUUGACAAGAACCGAUUUUUGGGGAUGUGGAACAUCAUCAAGACGUCGCCAAACAUCUACAGUGGGAGGGUUUAUCUCACAGCAAUACAAGACUACUUCUUGAAGGAUGAUGGCGCAUUUACUACUGCCUACCGCGGCUACAUUCAGGGAUCAAGCACCUGUCUCGAACCUGGAACGAUAUUGUUCAAGAAAGACUCACAUGGAGACUACGUUUUCAAGACCAUGACAGGCCAAGGCACAUUCAAGAUAAUCUACACCGACUACAAGUACGCUGUGACAUACUCGUGUCGGCAGGUCGGCAACGAUGGAUGGUGUCUCGAUGGACUGGCACACACUUCCAUACUGGCUAGAGAGGACAUUGUUGACCCUGACACGAUGACGCUGCUUGAGAGUUACGUGCAGAGGACGUGUGUGGAUCUGGAGACAAUGGUGCAUGUGGAGCCAGAGCUUUGUUCCAUCCCGCCGGAAUACCUCAAGUCUGUCGGUUACAGCGGACCAGACCGAUGCCAGGUGACCAACAUUCCCAUACAGCCACACUUCAGUCUCACUCGAUUCCUGGGUAAAUGGAAUACACUGAGGAUUCUGACCUACUACUACGGGAACAAAACGUACACAUCCAUGACCCACAAGUACUUCCUGAACGCUGAAGACCGCCUCACCCUGGUCUUCCGGGGCUACAACAAGUCCUCACAGCUGUGUGCUGACUCUCGAUUUGUCUCCUUAGACCAGCGAUCUCCUGGAUAUUUUGUUCUACCACAUAAUGAGACCUUCCAGGUUGUGUACACCAACUACGAAUACGCUAUUGUGUACAUAUGCGGCAGUCUCCAGACUGAUGGACAUUGUCUAAAGCAAAAGACACAGGUGGCCAUUAUGUCUAGACAUAACAGCAUCUCCGACGAGCUUCUCCAUCAACUCCAGGCUAAGGUCUCUGACCUAUGUGUGGAUGUCGGCGAUCUCAUUGAUGUUGACCCAGGUGUGUGUCUCAUAUCAGCAGCGGACUUGGACACAGCAGGCUACACAGGCCCCCCAGAAGAUGAGUGUCAGUUGACGGGGAUCACACACCAGGAGAACAUCAACACCACCAUGUUGCAAGGGGAAUGGUACACCGUGAUGUCGACGCCAUCGUCAGGGCAACUGUCACACGAGUCCCUGGGCCCUGCCUACUUCCACUUUGAGGGGUGGAAUCUGGUGCGGCUGUACAGAGGCAUUAAUAACAAAUCAAGCCUGUGUGAUCCAACAGAAGCUGUUAGCCUAACGGAGGUAACAGCUCCAGGGGACUAUUACCACCACGCCAACUCAGUUGCAUUCCGUAUCCUGCACGCCUGCCCUAUGUACAUGGUGACAUACACGUGUAUGGAGGAAGGCGAGGAUGGAACGUGUGCCGACGCCUGGGUCAACAUCUUGGCCAGGUCAAAGGUCAUUCCAGCUAACCACAUUGUCGGCCUGAAGAAAUACGUCACUCACGCCUGCCUCGACUCCAACACCCUCAGAAACAAUGAAAAAUUGGAAUGUCGUGUGCCAUCCGCAAUCGUGGAGGCAGCCAUGGAUGACCUGAUCUCAGACGAUCACUCUGUGAUUGGCUGUCACUCCGACUUCGUACCAGUUCAAGCUGAUCUUGACAUACACAAGUUUGCUGAUACAAUGUGGUUUACCCUGUGGCGGUCGUCAUCCAUGUGGGGCAACACGUCGCUGGUUCCGAGUUCCCGAAAACAAAUUGUGUUGGCCCCAGUUGAAGAUGAGAGUGAUGAUGUUUUCCUCCUAACCCGGAGCUACAAGUCUUCCUGGGAGUCAUGUGAGCCAGUGGAGGUUCUGAAGCUGACUGAGUCUGAGCAGCCUGGAGACUACACCAUCAGCUUUGGGGACAGCAGCAGCCUCCAUGGCAUGUACAGGAUUGUGUACGCGGAUGAUGAGUAUGCUGUGACCUACUCGUGUUUCGACACCACGAUGGGCGAGAGCUGCCCCAGUGACUCCAGACUGGUGGAGAUCAUGUCCGUUCACGCCGUUGUGGACGAGCAGCGUCUCAACACACUCAUGGACUACGUCAACGAUGUGUGUGCUGAUGUCAGCACCAUGGCCCAGACGGAACCAGCUGCCUGCAGUAUUCCCCAGUCCAUCAUAGACGCAGUGCGGGGCCACCAAAUCACAACAGACUAUGCUCUGCCCAUCGCUGGCUGUAAUGAUAACCUCAUUACUGUUGACCCCAACUUCGACCUGACCACGUUUACUGGGGUGUGGAACUUGGUGUACUCUACAAACUAUAUGAAGUGGCAGACAGAGGAGUCGUCCUUGACACUCCACUUCGCCGAGAGUGACAGCGGAAUUCUCUUCUCACGGAAAUUGUACAGCCCAGUCAGUGAGCAGUGUUUGCCAACUGAGUCAGGGUCACUGGUGGAGAGAAGUGGCGCUGGAUACUACUCAGCCUUGUUUGCUGAUGAACCAGUGAUGAUGAAGGUCCUACAUCUGGAGGACACAGUGGCCGUGACGUACAUCUGUCUGUUCAUGCAGGAGGAUGGCACAUGUCGAAGAGACAGCCUGUCCAUCAACUUCCUGUCCCGCUCUGAGGACAUGACAGAGGAGGACAUGGAGCUACUGCAGGGGUAUGUGGAGGGGACGUGUGCAGAGAGGGAGGACAUCAUCAAGAUUAGAACAGGUCUGUGUAAAAUCCCCAUCAAGAUCCAGGAUGCUGCUGACCAAGGGGAGUUAACUGCAGACUUCAGCGUGGUCGAGUGCAGCAUGGACUUUAUACAGACGCAGGACGUCUCACUGCAACAGUUGCGUGGUCUCUGGUACACCGUCGCAAAAAACGAGUACUUUCUGGGAGAGAAGCGGAGUGAGAGGGAACUUGGAUAUAUCACCCCGUAUGGUGAUGGCAACCAGGGAACCUACCUCUUCAACAUCUACAACAACUCCAAGUGUUCUCUGACUGAGUCCUUCAAACUGACUUGGGAGAGUCAAGGCACCUUCAAGUUGCUGUUCGGGACCCUUGCAGGACACCUGAAGGUUCUGUACCUGGACGACAAGGCAGCUGUCAUGUAUUACUGUUUUCAAUACAAGACUGAUGGGACAUGCAGUGAUGGCUUCAGUUCAUUUGAAAUCAUGUCUCGUGAAACAUCCCUCCCUGCCGAGAUGCUGAACAGGCUGAAGAAAUAUGCUGAAAAUGUUUGUGACAAAGUGGGAGAUCGAGUUUGGCCCUCGUCUCCAUGCACUAUCAAUGAGCAGCUGCAACAGGCAGCUGGCAGCGGAGAGCUCACACAAGACUACGUUGUGGCCGAAUGUAUGACCAAGUUCAUCCCUGUCCAGGACAACUUUGACUUUAAGAGGUUCUCGGGUUCAUGGCACACGAUCGCCAAGACGCAGCACAUCUGGGGAGAUCGGUCGUGGGCCUCAGAGAUCCGGGACUUUCACGUCAGCCAAGACGACCGCCUUUUUUGUUCCUACAGGGGAUACGACAAAGAUGUUCAAGGUUGUCGCCCAACAGAGUUUAUGCAUCUUAAGGACACGUCAACACCCGGACACUUCACCUACAUGUUCCGGGAUAUGGCAGCAACUUUGAAGGUCAUCUAUACAGACUACACGAAUGCAGUGGUUUACUGGUGCCUGGGAGCAAACCAGGACGGCACCUGCAAGAGCAACAAGAUUCAGGUGGAGAUAAUAUCGAAGAACUUGCGAGUUGACAAAGAAACUCGGACACAACUGGAAGAGUACAUUAGACAUGGCUGUGUCCGCCUCAGCGACAUUCAGGACAGCGACCUUGACCUGUGUCAGAUCCCGAGCUCCAUCAGCCAAGCUGCCUUAGCAGGAGAAAUCACGUCAGACUACAUCAAGGUCCAGUGCAUGGACGAGUUCAUCAGUGCUCAGCGGAACUUCGACAUGAAUAGGUUCACUGGAGACUGGUACACGGUUGCCAGGACCCACUACGCCUGGGGUAACAACACCUGGGACAACUUCAUCAGACGUAUACAGAUCCUGGACGACGGCUCCACCGUCAUGGCCUACACUGGGUACAGGAAUUAUGGGGCAUCGUGUGCACCAGCUGCAUCAGUGGAGCUAACGCAGCGCGGUCACCCAGGACAUUUUGUCUUCAUCGUUGGCGGGAUUGAAAUUUCAGUGAUAAUGCGGGUUGUGUAUACGAACUACGAGGUAGCGGUUCUGUAUACGUGCUACGGAUUUGGGACAGAUGGAACGUGUCCUCGGAACAAGUUGACUGUGGAGGUGCUGUCUCGGGAAAAGGGGAUAGAGGACGCCACCUUAACCAGCAUGUACUUCUACGUCUCCAACCUGUGUGUGGAGAUCGAUGACCUGGUCAUGUACAACUAUAAUCUGUGUGAGGCCCCGGAGGUGGAUGAAGACUCAAUUCAACGGAAGAUCUGCACCUUCGAUGACAUCCCUCUCACCCCCAACUUCGUCUUCCUGCAGAUGGCGGGCCUGUGGUACGAGGUGGCGCGGACUCGCUUCACCUUCAAUAAGAUGGAGUCCAGCGUGUUGUUCUACAGGUACCAGGCGGACACCGGCCACCUCGACGGCCUCUACACCGGCAGCAUGAAGGGUUUCUGCCAGGACCCUCUGUCCAGUCUGACCAAACUCCACACAGGGAAACAUCCGGAUGCUUAUCUUCUCGGUCGCCUCGGAGGGAAGGACAGCGUCUACCCCUGGUUCAGCUUCAAGAUCAUCCAUUUUGACGUCAAGUACCUCAUGUACUACGCCUGCUACACCACCAGCGACGACGGGACGUGUCCGCGAGACAAGACCGAGGUCACACUACUUGGACGUGAGCAGGGCCUCAAUGAUGAGAUCAGAUCUCAGAUCCCAGGUCUGAUGAGAGGCAUGUGUCUCAAGCCAGCCGACCUUGUCACAUCCAUGGCUAGUGUGGACUGCACCAGCCACCUGUUCCCAGACUCCCACAACUCCCCAGCAGGUGACAAUGCAAACAAGGAGUGCUCUCCCUUAGCAGCAAUGUCUGUCGCUGAGGACAUUGACGACAGAAAUUUGGCGGGGAAGUGGCGCAGCGCUGCUGACAUCGGCUUCGGUAUGGACGGACAAUCUCGCUCGUUUAACAUCACCAUUAGGCGGCACACUGACAAGACAUUCAAGAUGGACUUGAAGCAAAGGGAUGACAACCACUUCACCAACUACAGCGUCAUGCUGAAGCCCCGGUGUGACUCCUUCAGCCACGGAGACUACAUCAGCUCGCUCGGGUCGACCGUCAUGGGGCAGUGGAGUAGCCUGAAGGUGGUUCACAGUGACGACAACACCCUGCUGCUGUACUGGUGUCUCAAGGAGCAGAGCAACGGAAAGUGCCACAGCUCCGGCAUCCGGGUCCUCCUCCUUGCCCGAGACCUGCCCCUGGAGGAGACGCUCAAACAGAAUGUCCUCGGGAAGAUCCAGGAUGUUUGUGUCACGCCCCCGCCCCCGCCCCCCUCACCUGUUCUACAAGGAGUCAUACCUGGAGCAGUGUUGGGCAUGAGGGCAAGGCAAAGCGUGGACAACCGCUCAGACUACAUCACCCCCAGCAUCUACACAUCAUUCUGUGCCAUCGACAACAUCCCCACCAUCAACAUCAGCCAGGAACUGCACUCUGGGUUGUGGUACGAGAUCGCCCGCACGCCAGACCCGAUGCUGACCAUGGACUCCACCAUUGGCUACUACCUGCCAGUUGGUGGCGGCAAUAUGAAGAUGGUGUACAGUGGAAUGACACCUGAUGGCGAGUGCAAGGGACCCAUGUUUGGUGACCUCAGACCUCGUUGUCCUCACAGCAUCGAUGGCAACUACCAGGGUCGGAUCAAGAUGCCGAGGAUGUGGCUGUGGACGUCGUGGAAGGUAUUGUACACAGACUACGACCAUGCCAUGCUGGCCAUGUCCUGCAUGGACGAGGAUGACAACGGCCUGUGUACUUCCAUGGGCACCAAGAUGCACAUCAUGAGUCGGAAUCACACCAUCUCCCCUGACCUCCGGAACAAACUCAACCUCCUGGUGCAGUCGGCGUGCGUCAACCCUUCCUCUCUUGUAGACACUACACAUGAUGGUAGCUGUCGUGGUAAAGUGGAAGCUGCAGUUGAGAAACUCAAGGCAGAGCUAUAGAGGGAGAUAACUCUAUGCAGACAGUGAAGACAAUGGCAGAGCUAUGUCCAAUAGAUGAGUCAAGCAUUUCUAUCAAAGUACAGAUCAUGCAACAGAUAUACAUAUAUAUAUUUUAGCAACACUGUAUUAUGCAAAAUACAUUACAUGUAGAUGAAAAUUGUAUUAGGUCAUAGCUUUUCUUUGUAUAGUUAUGAUAGUGUUAUUUCACAUGUACAUGUGGUUACGCCCGAAGUUCAGAAUGCUUCAUCUCGUGAACUUGACAUACUCUGUCGAAUAUAUCUCCACACUUUGGAACGACCAGAAUGUAAUAUAUGUAAAGACAUGUAAUAUUUCAUGAUGUGAGAUUCAUCCCAAACAUAUACAUUUUCUUCAUUUAUUUUGCAAGCAUUAUUGCUUUUCAACAUGUUUCAAAAAUAGUUUUGUACUGACACACUUUGAGAACACAUAUUCAUUUUUUGGUAA